AUGCCUCCUCGAAUACCCGUCGCACCGCGACUAGGCGUCGCCAAGCUAUGUCUUCGGCCAGCUCCUGCGGUGUCCAGUUAUCCCAUCUCCUGGACGGCCAAUGUUGCAACUAUGGCACAGCGGAGAAAGCAUAAAGACCCAUAUGCAUUGGCCCAGGCAAAGCAAAGGAAAGAUGCGAACAUGGCACGGCAAGAAAUCCUCCGGAAGGAGAGAAAGGAAGCAUUAGGGGACCCGGUCCGCGGAAUCUCAACGCCAUUCCUCGAAUCGUUCGAUAAUGUAGGGGGCUCAACAACCAUCCUCGAUGUCACAUCCAGUUCUUCAUCCAAAGAGGGGACUCAAAUCAAGACCGCUGAUGAUGUCCUCCUGAAUCAUUUCCUGAAGCCAUCCGAACUCGAAGAAUCUAUCAAACACUCCUAUGCCCUGAGCGAGCCUGUACCAGCCUCAAUAAGAGAUUUCCAGGAUCCAAUGCUCGAGGAAGAAGACAAGAAGAAGCAUAUAGAGGGCCAUGCGAGGGCCACAGCGGCGUUGGCUAGAAUUGUUAGUCUGGCGAAUGCAAGUCAGAAGGAUAAGACCAGGGCCAAUAUCAGGCGUUGUAUAGAGACAUUCGGUCGCCACAAGACCGAUUUGACCUUGAGACCGCGAGCACCGCUGAAUCCGGAACACCAGGAUGGCAACUCGCAAAUGCCAGAGAAGACUCCAAGAGCUGGCCCAGAUACUGGAAGCUCAGAGGUUCAGAUAGCGAUCUUGACCGCGAAGAUCAGAGUUCUGGCGAACCAGUUGGAGAUGCCUCGUGGUAAAAAGGAUAAGAUCAAUAAGAGGAAUUUAAGGGUAUUGGUUCACAAGAGGCAGAAAUUGCUCAAGUAUCUACGGAGGAAGGAGCGUGGCAGUGAUCGAUGGCGGCAUCUGGUCGAAACAUUGGGAUUGACUGAAGGAACUUGGAAGGGCGAGAUCAGUUUGUAA